AUAUCGUGUGUACUGUGGGAGAGCGGAUAUAGUGAAUGCAGGGUCCGGGGGGAGACUGGAUAUAGUGAAUGCAGGGUCCGGGGAGACUGGAUAUAGUGAAUGCAGGGUCCGGGGAGACCGGAUAUAGUGAAUGCAGGGUCCGGGGAGACCAGAUAUAGUGAAUGCAGGGUCGGGGAGAGCGGAUAUAGUGAAUGCGGAGUCCGGGGAGAGCGGAUAUAGUGAAUGCGGAGUCCGGGGAGAGCGGAUAUAGUGAAUGCAGGGUCCGGGAGAGCGGAUAUAGUGAAUGCAGGGUCCGGGGAGAGCGGAUAUAGUGAAUGCGGGGUCAGGUUGCCUUCAGAAAGCUACAGCAGGGGGCGGAGAUGAGACCAAUCACCUUACACAAAGAAAGACCAGAGCUGUGGGAAGGGCCAGCUGGCGCCAUCCACUACUGGCUGCCUGCAGAGAUCUACAGGAGGGGACGGAGACAAGA